AUGUCAGAACACUUAGAUGUGGCAUAGAUAGCAAUAGUGAUAUUUUUUAUUUUUAUUGCUCUAACAAUAGGAGGAUUAGUAAGUGAAAUUACAAAGAAGAUUAUGAUUCCAUAUCCUGCUGCAGUUUUCCUGGUGGGAAUAUUAAUAGGAUCUCAAUUUAAUAAUAUUCAUAAUCAUUUAUUACAUAGGACUGUUUAAGCAGCUUUUAAUAUUGAUGCUAAUUCUAAUAUGACAUUAUUUUUGCCAGCAUUAGUAUUUAGUAGUGCUUUCAAUGCAGAUAUUUAUAUAAUGAAACAAUAAAUAAUGCAAAUAUUUGUAUUAUCAUUUCCAAGUCUACUCAUUUCUGCAUCAUUAAUAUGUUUAGGAUUGAAAUUACUAUUAGAAUAUGAUGAUGAAUAUUAUAGUUGGGGAUUUGCAUUUGUAUUUGGAGUAGUAGUAACAUGUACUGAUACACUCCAGGUUGUAAAAAUAUUAAGUAAUGCUGAAGCUCCAAAAAAAUUCAUUUCAUUAGUUUAAGGAGAAAGUUUAGUAAAUAAUUGUGCUUCAAUGGUUUUAAUGUUGAUUGCAGUAAAUUGUGCAAGAGGUGAUUGUGAUCUACUUACAGUUGAAUUAUCAUAUGGAAUUUCAUUACUUUUGGGAGGAGCAUUUGUAGGAAUAAUGUUUGGAUUGUUCACUGUUUGGUGGAUAAGAAGAAUAAACCAUAAUUCAAUAUUAACUAUUAAUCUUACAAUUGUAUCAGCCUAUGUAACAUAUUUUGUGGCUGAAUCUGUAGAUUUAGGAUUUAGAAAAAAUGGUUUAGUUGCAGUAAUAACUUUGGGAUUGUUCAUGUCUGCAUUUUCAAAGAUUAGAAUUAGAACUGAAGUAGAACAUCCUUUACAAAUAUUUUGGUAAUAUACUUAAUUUGCUAAUGAAACCAUUAUUUUUAUUAUAACAGGUGUGACAUGUGGAUACAAAAUAUUUGAUUAAUAAAGUCCUUAUAUAAGAAAACAAGAUUAUAUUAAUACUGUAUUACUUUACUUUUAUAUACUUUUAUCCAAAUUUAUUAGUGUAUUAUUACUUUUACCAACUAUCAAUUUAUAUGGUUAAUAAGUCAAAAUGAGUGAGGCUAUUUUAUUUUCAUAUAGUGGUACUAGAGGUGCUGUCUAAUUAAUGUUAGCAUUACUUGUUGUUAAGGAACCAUCUUUUAGUGAUUAAUGGAGUGAUAUUUUCUUAUUUCAUACAACUUUUAUUGUUAUAUUAACUAUGUUGAUUAAUGGAUCUACUAUACCUUUAUAUGUAAAGUUUAGUGGGUUAUGUACUACUGCUUAAUAUAGAGCAAAAGUAAGAUUGAAUUUUUUAUAAGAAAUGAAAGAAUAAAUUGAAUUUAAAUUAAAUUAAAUGAAAGAAGAUUAUAAAUAGAAAACUAUAGAUUGGAAUAAAGUUGAAUUUUUUUCAGGAUUAGCAGAAACUAAUAGAUAAAUUUAAUAAAAAGAUGAUAAACUUAGUAAGAAAUAAUUAGAUGAAGAUAAUAAACAUAAAAAAGAAAAAGAAUCUAGUAUUGUAGGACGUUUUUAAAAAUUAUUAAAGAGUAAAGGAUUACAGGAUGAUUAUAAUGAUGAUGAUAUUGAUUAAGAUGAUAUUAUUGAAACAAGAGAUAGAUUUUUAAUGGCAUUAAAAUAGACUUAUUGGGAUUUAUAUUCAUAAAAUUAAUGUGGUGGUAAGGCUUAUAAUUUAUUAAUUGAAUCUGUUAGGUGGGAUUUAGAUACUGUUGAAGGAAGAAUGUGUUCUUGGGAUUUCAUUUAUAAUGUUUUUUAUUCACCAAUUUAUAUGAGAUUUUUAUAUAGUUUAAAUAAAUUCCCUAUUAUUCGUAGAUUUUCAGGUGAUCUAUUAUUUGAUUGGGUUGCUAUGGGAUAUGAAGUCAUUUCUACAUAUGUUAGAGCACAUGAAGGUAAAUUUUUAAUAAUUAUUAUAGAAAUGGAAAAUAUGAUAGAAGAAUUUCCAAUUAAUGUAAAUUUGAAAAAGAAAUUAUCCAAAGAAUCUAAAGAAAAUAGAACUAAUGCUGAAAAUUUCAUUGAAGGAUAUUUUUAUGUUAGUUUUCCUGAGAUUAUUAAAUUAAUAUAAACUAAAAAAUCAGCUUAAGGUUGUUUAGCUAGUUAAGGAAAAUAUUUAUUAAGAAAAUAUGAAUUGGGAGAAUUAGAUGUAAUAAUUAAAAAUUUAGUAUUCAUAGUUUCAAUAAUUUUAAAAGUUAAAAUUGUAAUUAAAUAAUUUUGUAUGCAAUGUUGAAGACAUUAGACCUAUUUGGCCUUAAAUAUCUAUACAUACUAAAUUAAAAGUGCUUCCAUUAUUUAGUGAAUUUAAUGAUGAUUUACUUAAACAAUUAGCAUUAUAAUCAAAAGAACUCUUGUUUGAUAAAGAUGAAUGUAUCUAUAGAGAGGGUGAUUUAGCUAGAUAUUUCUAUAUAAUUACAAGAGGAAGAGUAAAUGAAACAAGUUCAGCUUAUACAAAUUAUUCAAUUUCUAAAGAUAUUGGUUAAUUUUUAUCAUGUCAUCAUAUAGUAUUAGAAUCAACAUUAUAUAUAUCAUAAGUAUUAGCAGCAUCAUUAGUUGAAGUAAUUCAAAUAGAAAUUGAAUUAAUGGUUUCUCUUUAUAAAUAGAGUUUAUAUAUGCAAGAUUUUGUAUGGAGAGAUAGUAUAUUCAGUUUAAGUAGAUUCUAUCCAAAAGAAUUACAAAUAUUCUCUCAUGUUGAAAGAGAAAUAAUUGAAAAUAUCUUAGCUUUUGUAGUAUUUAAGAAAUAUUCUGCCUAUACUACUGUAUCCUUUUAGGCAGGCAUUUUAUUAUAAGGAAGAUUAACAGAAAUGAAAUAAGAAAAAAAAGAAGAUUUAUUUGAUGUUAAUUGUAAUGAUGGUAUAUAAGGUCCUUUAUUAUUUCCAUUUAUUAAUUAAACAUAUACUUAUUAAACAGAAACUGUUUGUUCAUUUUUUUUAUUUGAUGAUAAUAAGAAAGAAGAAAUUAUGAAACUUAUAUAAACUGAGAGAUCCUCAGAAAGAAGACGAACUCGUCUUUAGACUGAUCUACGUGUAAGUGUUUCUGGAGUAAAUAGGUAAUCAUGUGUUUUUUAUUUAGAUAAUCAUUUGGAUUUUCGUAUCUUUUGAGACCUUCUAAAGUGAAUUUGGAUAUUAAUGAUUCUAAACAUUGA